GCCUGCGUCUACAUGGGCUUGAAAGGUGGCUGGCUGAUUUUGCUGGCUUACAAAGCACCCAAAAAUUUUGGGGGUCAAACCGAUUCCCACAUCUGUUGGGGUUUAUUCCUUGCUGGGCAGAGCUCCCAGCCCUCUCCUCUUCUCCUCCUUCGGCAGUCAACUUGCAUUGUCUUUCACCAGUCCUUAGGCAUUCAUUUUUGGCGGGGAGCCUAUCAUUCAUCGCUGAUACCACGGAUCGAUCAUGCACCUUGUACAGCUGGGAGAGUUUCCCUUGGCGGUCAAUGCGGUUCUCCUUGGUCGACUCGUCGCUCCUAAAGAUCUGGAUCGUCCUGUGAGGGGUUAUGACCCGACAUACACUACUACUCCCGUCACUAGUGUGAACCAGUUGCAAGCUGCCUCUGUGAUUGAGCACGCAUCCGACAAGCGUGGCCUCGCGGCAAAUCUCACGCCGCUAUUCAAGUCAUCAGCCUCAUCUGAGACAUUUGGUGCAACACGAUUCACGACGGAAAAGUCCACUAGCUACACGCUGUUAAACAGUGCAGAGCUGUUCAACGAAGCCAUGGGCCAAGACGCGACGCGGCGAUGGGUAGAGCGAUGUCUCGAACAAAGCAAGGUCAAUCACCUCUUCAUGGUCGUCGGCCUGCAAACCGUUACAAAUGCGGACCAAACGACUGCAAGAGUCAGCACUAGACAAGGACAGGGUGCGAUACAGUCACCGACCAGCCUCAUCCCUGGAACGAACCCAUCUGUCGAUUUAUCAACCAUAUCAGGCAUUGCUAUCCGCGGCGAAGUCUUGGCCGCUCGGGUAGUCAAUCAACAGCAUAGCGGUGAGUACAUUAGCGGAAUCGAGUACCAGAAAAUCCGAGGUGGAUUCUUCAACUUUUCCAAGGCAGCGAAGCUGGAUGGGCUGAUCUUGCGAGACAACACGAAAUGGAGGUAUGGGGCGGUUCACAGGGGUGGAUCUGGAGGAGAUGACUUGGAUGAGGAAGACGGGAUUUGCGUCGAACUUGCUGGUUUUGAAAGUGACUAGCCAAAGUAUCCUUGUAUACAAAGGAGAGCGCUACAUUAUGCUGGGCACUGUGAGGAGGAGGAGGGGAUCUUUUGUACCUA